AUGCACUCCCUCCUCCCUCUCCUAACCCUCCUCUCCCUCCUCACAACCAUCUUUGCCCAUCCCCAGACUAUCGCCCUCAACCCCCUCGCCUCGAUACACAAACGACAAGCCCAAUGUGUCUCUCUCUGUAUGAGCGACUCGGACGUAGCCGCUCUCCAGACCUUUGCUGGAUGCAGCGACUCUGACCUUACCUCCGGCACAGGGACAGACAAGCCCACCGCCCCUCCCUCCUCCUCCCCCGCUCCCUCAACCCUCCUCCCACAAACCUCGACCUACUCACCCCCAAACAUCACCCUCUGCGACUCCUCCUGCUCCUCCCCUUCAGACCAAACAGCAAGCAAGGACGCCCUGACGUGCCAGAGCGGGGACCCGACGUGUUUGUGCAAUGGGCUUAAAUCAUCCUACGAAGCCCUCUGCGCCUACGCACUAACGAGCACCCUCACCACCCAGCCCACAGCCAGCGCUACCUCUUCCCCCAGCAGCGACACGGGCACGUCGACUGUCGUGGUGGGGAAUGGACAGCCGACAGGGGGAGGGGGAGGGGGGACGUCUGCUGCUCGGGGAGGCGUAGGGCUGGGAGAGGGAGCCGUAGUGGCUUGGGCGGUUGUCGGCCUAGCGCUGGGGGUGGGGAUAGCGCUCUGA